AUGAAGAACAACUCCGAAGAGAAAUCAGAUACGAGUUAUUGCUGUUUCACCAUUAUCGCUUUAUGCAUCACUUGUGUAUCAGCCGUCUUAACCUUUCUAGUAGCCAACUACAUGUAUACAGGCAUAUCAUGCUCACAUGAUUGGAAAUCGGAAGAUAUGCCCAAUAAGGUUCAUGCACUGGCCUCUGAGCGGUUGGCAGUUCCAGAAAAGGGUAUAAUUAUUGUGAAGAUGUCAGCCUUGCAAAGAUGUUUCAUCAUGCCCUCUCCCUCAUACUCGCCUUCCGAUUCGAGGAGAUUCCGCACAAUUGAGUCGCGUUUGGCAGAGCAACUAAUCUUUCAUCUCGCCGGCCAAAAAGCUGUUGAUAUCUUGAGAUCUCCAGGAUUAACAUAA